AUGGCGGGCACCCUGGAGCCGGACCCACCUGUGGAUGCUGGUGGGGAUGAGCGGCCUAAGUGGGACAACAAGCUCCAGUGCCUCCUGAGCUGCGUCGGGUUUACCGUGGGCCUGGGCAACCUCUGGAGGUCCCCGUACCUGUGCCAGACCUACGGGGGAGACACCUUCCUCAUCCCCUACCUCAUCGCCCGGCCUUCGAGGGCAACCCGCUUCCACAUCGAGCUCGCCAUUGGCCAGCGCCUGCGCGGGGGCAGCAUCGGGGUGUGGAUGGCCAUCUCGCCCUACCUGGGUGGAGAGGGGCUCGGCGGCUUCAUCACAUCUGUCCUGGUCAGCAUGCACUGCGACACGGUCCUGGCAUGGGUGCUGUGGCACCUCCCCAACUCCUUCCACCCGCUGCCCUGGAGCGCCUGCCCGCCAGACCUCAACCACACGGGCUUUGUGCUGGAACGCCGGGACAGCAGCGCUGUGAGCCUCUGCCGGUACCGGCAGACACUGAACAUCACGGCCGACAUCAACGGCAGUGGCUCUGUCCAGUGGUGGCUGCUGGUCUGCUUGACGGCCUCCUGGGCCAUGGUGUACUUGUGCGUCAUCAGAGGCACUGAGACCACUGGGAAGGCAAUUUAUUUCAUGGCCUCGUUCCCGUACCUGCUCCUCUAGGUUUUCCUCAUCAGAGGACUCACCCUGCCUGGGGCGACCGAAGGACGGACCUACCUAUUCACGCUCGAUAUGCAGGUCCUGCAGAGCCCCCGGGUGUGGCUGGAUGCAGCCACCCAGAUAUUCUUCUCUCUGAACCUGGCCUUUGGACAACACAUCACUUUUGCAAGUUACAACCCGCCCAGGAACAACUGUAAGAGGGACGCGGUGACCAUUGCCCUGGUCAACGGCAUGACCUCCCUCUGUGCGCCCAUUACUGUCUUCUCUGUCCUGGGGUUCAAGGCGGCCAGCGACCACGGGCGCUGACUGGACGGAAACACCUGCCUCGUCAACGCCUUCGACCUCCCCGACCAGAGCAUCUCCAGGGAGGACUACGCAUCUGCCCUCGCGCACCUUGACUCCACCCAGCCCGAGCGGGUGGGGUUCCCCCUGGAGGCCUGCUGCCUGGAGGACUUCCUGGAUAAGCCCGGACAGGGCUGCCGCAGCCUGACUCAGGAGAGUGUUGGUGCACACGCGUGCCCCAGUGUGGAUGUGAGCGCCCACCAUGCACUGCGUUGCAGAGCCUCGGGCACAGGCCUGGCCUCCAUCGUCUUCACGGAGGCCAUCCUCCACAUGCCGGGGGCCCCCGUCUGGGUUGUGCUCUUCUUAGGGAUGCUGUUCAGCCUGGGCCCGACAUCCAUGUUCAGGAACAUGGAAAGUGUCGUCACACCACUCCUGGACUUGAAGGUCAUGCCCAGAUGGGUCCCCAAGGAGGCCCUGACUGGGCUGGCCUGCCUGCUCUGCCUCCUCUCGGCCACCUGCUUCACGCUGCGGGCGGGAAACUACUGGCUCGAGAUCUUUGACUGCUACGUCCCUUCCCUGGACCUGAACCUCUUUGCGUUCUCCGAGGUGGCUGGUGUCAUUUAUGUUUAUGGGAUGAAACGGUUCUGUGACGACAUAGUGUGGAUGACCAGGCGGCAGCCCGGCCUCUACUGGCAGGUGACCUGGAAGGCUUUCAGCCCCCUGCUGCUGCUGCUGACCACCUUUGUGGCCUACGCUGCCCUCCUGGCUAGCUCACCCCGGGGCAAGGCCUGGAACCCCCAACACGUAGUCCCCUCGGGGCAGGGGAAGCCCUGCCCGGGCUGGGUGCGGGCCACCUGCACGCUCCUGUCCUUCCUGCCUGCACUGUGGGUCCCGGUGGCCCUGCUGCUCACCCGGCGCAGACAGAAGUGGCAGGACACGCGGCCCGUGGUCGUGGUUCCCGACACCGUCGCGCCCUCCAGACCAGCUCGUGGCGCAGCCCAGCUCCGACACUGCAGUCCACGUGCUUCCCCAGGUGGGAGACAGCCCACUGUCUGCCUCCUGGGCCCUGCGGUGGGUGGCCAGGCACUGUACCCGGAGAUUCCACGGACAAACAACGGGGAUGCCGACAGCCAGCCAGAGGUCAGCUCUAAGGCCCUGGGCACUGGAUACACGGGCUUGCUUCCAGCCCCCAGCCCCACGGCCUCACUCAGGGAGACCAUGUGUGUCCUUGGUGUCAUGCUGGGAACACUUCCCACUAAGCUCCAGUCCCAGGCCGGGCAAACGCUGUCCGUGGUGCUGAACCACCCCCGGCUGACAAGUACCACAGUGAAGCCAGGCAUGCGUGAGGGGGCCCUCCUCGCCCUCGGCAGCCCAGACCCCAGUAAACAGAAGCACGGGCACUAG